AUGGAGUGGCAGAGGCUCAAUGCCAUCCAUUCAGACAGCUUUCUGAAUGCCGGCAGCCAAGAGACCAUCAGCUGUGCCUAUUCAAUGGCUUCUCUUCUCUCCUUAGAAAUUCGAGCUCAACUGGUAGAACAACAAAAAUGCCUGGAGCAGCAAACGGAGAUGCGAGUUCAGCUUCUUCAGGACCUGCAAGAUUUCUUCCGAAAAAAAGCUGAAAUUGAGACGGAAUAUUCCCGAAAUCUAGAGAAGUUAGCAGAAAGGUUCAUGGCAAAAACAAGAAGCACUAAAGAUCAUCAACAAUACAAGAAAGACCAGAACCUGUUGUCUCCCGUGAACUGCUGGUAUUUGCUCCUGAAUCAAGUAAGGAGAGAAAGCAAAGACCAUGCAACCUUGAGUGACAUCUAUCUGAACAACGUGAUUAUGCGAUUCAUGCAGAUAAGUGAGGAUUCUACCAGGAUGUUUAAAAAGAGCAAAGAGAUUGCAUUCCAACUUCAUGAGGAUUUAAUGAAGGUUCUUAAUGAGCUUUAUACGGUGAUGAAAACAUACCAUAUGUAUCAUGCAGAGAGCAUCAGUGCCGAGAGUAAGCUGAAAGAGGCUGAAAAACAAGAGGAAAAGCAAAUUGGAAGAUCUGGUGAUCCAGUCUUUCAUAUUCGACUAGAGGAGAGACAUCAACGGCGAAGCUCUGUAAAGAAAAUUGAAAAAAUGAAAGAAAAAAGACAAGCAAAAUAUUCAGAAAAUAAGCUAAAAUCGAUUAAGGCACGGAACGAAUAUCUCCUAACACUUGAAGCCACCAAUGCCUCAGUUUUCAAGUAUUAUAUACAUGAUCUUUCCGAUUUAAUUGAUUGCUGUGAUCUUGGCUACCAUGCAAGUCUGAACAGAGCCCUAAGAACAUAUCUCUCUGCGGAAUACAACCUUGAAACCUCCAGACAUGAAGGCUUAGACAUUAUCGAGAAUGCAGUUGAUAAUUUAGAGCCCAGGAGCGAUAAGCAGAGAUUCAUGGAGAUGUACCCUGCUGCAUUCUGUCCACCAAUGAAGUUUGAGUUUCAGUCUCACAUGGGUGAUGAGGUGUGCCAGGUCAGUGCCCAGCAGCCAGUCCAGGCAGAGCUUAUGCUGAGGUACCAACAGUUGCAGUCCCGCCUUGCCACGCUCAAAAUCGAGAAUGAAGAGGUUAAGAAAACGACUGAAGCCACCUUGCAGACAAUACAAGAUAUGGUCACUAUCGAGGACUAUGAUGUUUCUGAAUGCUUCCAGCACAGUCGUUCCACAGAAUCUGUGAAGUCCACUGUCUCUGAAACCUACCUGAGUAAGCCCAGCAUCGCCAAGCGAAGAGCCAACCAGCAGGAAACUGAACAGUUCUACUUCAUGAAACUCAGAGAAUAUUUGGAAGGCAGUAAUCUCAUUACAAAACUUCAAGCCAAACAUGACUUGCUGCAGAGGACCCUUGGAGAAGGUCAUAGAGCUGAGUAUAUGACUACAAGGCCUCCAAAUGUUCCCCCUAAGCCCCAGAAACACAGGAAGUCCAGGCCCCGCUCACAGUAUAAUACUAAGUUGUUUAAUGGGGAUUUGGAAACAUUCGUCAAGGACUCGGGACAGGUUAUUCCCCUCAUUGUGGAAAGCUGCAUUCGGUUCAUCAAUCUCUAUGGUCUUCAACAUCAGGGGAUUUUCAGAGUGUCUGGUUCCCAGGUGGAAGUCAAUGAUAUUAAAAAUUCAUUUGAGAGAGGUGAAAAUCCUUUGGCUGAUGACCAGAGUAACCAUGAUAUUAACUCAGUUGCUGGUGUUCUGAAGCUCUAUUUCCGUGGGCUGGAAAACCCCCUCUUUCCUAAGGAAAGAUUUAAUGAUCUGAUUUCUUGUAUCAGAAUAGAUAAUCUCUAUGAGAGGGCGCUUCACAUCCGCAAACUCCUCCUGACUUUGCCCAGGUCCAUCCUUAUAGUGAUGAGGUACCUCUUUGCCUUCCUCAAUCAUCUAUCACAGUACAGCGAUGAGAAUAUGAUGGACCCUUAUAACCUGGCCAUUUGCUUUGGCCCAACAUUGAUGCCUGUCCCAGAAAUACAGGAUCAAGUGUCUUGCCAGGCACAUGUGAAUGAAAUUAUCAAAACCAUCAUCAUACACCAUGAGACUAUUUUCCCAGAUGCUAAAGAGCUGGAUGGCCCUGUUUAUGAGAAAUGUAUGGCUGGAGAUGACUACUGCGACAGCCCAUACAGUGAGCACGGUACAUUGGAGGAAGUGGACCAAGAUGCUGGUACAGAGCCCCACACAAGUGAAGAUGAAUGUGAGCCAAUAGAAGCAAUAGCCAAGUUUGACUAUGUUGGGCGGUCUGCCAGAGAACUAUCCUUCAAGAAGGGUGCCUCCCUGCUGCUGUAUCACCGCGCAUCUGAGGACUGGUGGGAAGGCAGGCACAACGGGAUUGACGGGCUGGUGCCUCACCAGUAUAUAGUGGUGCAGGAUAUGGAUGAUACAUUUUCAGACACUCUGAGCCAAAAAGCCGACAGUGAGGCCAGCAGUGGGCCAGUCACGGAAGACAAGUCCUCAUCCAAGGACAUGAACUCCCCGACAGACCGCCAUCCUGACGGCUAUUUAGCCCGGCAAAGAAAAAGAGGAGAGCCACCCCCUCCAGUAAGGCGUCCUGGCAGGACCAGUGAUAGCCAUUGCCCACUCCACCCUCCACAUACCCUUUCCAACUCCUCAGUUGACCUGGGGUCCCCGAGCCUGGCCAGUCACCCCCGGGGCCUGCUACAGAACCGUGGCCUCAACAGUGACAGUCCUGAGCGGAGGCGCAGGCCUGGCCAUGGCAGCCUGACCAACAUCAGCCGGCACGACUCCCUCAAGAAGAACGACAGCCCUCCAAUUAGAAGGUCCACGUCAUCAGGGCAGUACACAGGCUUCAAUGACCAUAAGCCACUGGACCCAGAGACAAUUGCUCAGGAUAUUGAAGAAACGAUGAACACAGCUUUGAAUGAACUCCGAGAACUGGAGAGACAGAGCACAGCGAAGCAUGCCCCUGAUGUGGUGCUGGAUACCCUGGAACAAGUGAAAAACUCUCCCACCCCUGCCACUUCCACGGAAUCUCUCAGCCCUUUGCACAACGUUGCCCUCAGGAGCUCCGAGCCUCAGAUUCGACGUAGCACUAGCUCCUCCAGUGACACAAUGAGUACUUUCAAGCCCAUGGUGGCACCCAGAAUGGGUGUGCAGCUGAAGCCUCCAGCCCUUCGGCCAAAACCUGCUGUUCUUCCAAAAACAAAUCCUACCAUAGGACCUGCCCCACCUUCCCAGGGUCCAACAGACAAGUCUUGCACAAUGUAAAAACCAGCUGAGCAAGGCCAUGAAGGGAGGUGACUUAAAAAAGAAAACGAAUUAGUGACAAAAGUCACUGAUCCCUAACUUUCCUUAGUUUUGUGCUUAUAACUGGAGAUCUUUUGGCUUUUCUAUGUUGUCGAAUGUAAUGUCUGAGACUAGCUAAAUUAACACGGGCAUUUGUAUUUUGUAAUUUUUUUAAAUAACUGGACAUAUGUCAUUUUAAGGACAAUAGAAACACUUAGACUUACUUGAAAAUCCAAUGCUGCACCACUUGUAAUGAAGGCAACACCGCUCUCCACAUUGUACAGUGCUUCGGGGUUAGUGUAGCCCAGGUGAGUCAGAAAUGUUGGGACCUGAAGGCAGGAGAACCCGAAUUCCACACCUCAUUGGAGGAUUGCCAGUGUUGGUCUGUGGCACUUGGGGUAAUGGCUGAAAGGUGAUAAUGGCAUUGUGUGGUAGCUGACAAUGAGCACCUUCGGUUCCAUGUGGGGCGGGAUUUAGCGCAUGCACAAGACUUGCAGUUGUCUGCAUGGGACGAUCCCAGUGGGACUGUCAGCCCACAGCUCGAGUGGGUUGGAUGCUUGCCUCUUUCCUAACAGUCAUUUCCCUGGGUCCAGCUUAAAGAGUCAGUGGAAGCGGUUGGAACCUCUGCUGUUAUUGCUUGAACUUAACCUGGGAAAGGAGGGGAAGACACCAUCUCCAAAGCUAUUAAUGUCACUCCUUUUGCAAACAUGAUGAAGCCCCGGAGAUUUCCAAGUCCCUCCCCUACACUUAUGACUAAAAGGAUUUGAUUUUAAAGACUUUUAGUGACACUACCACACAAACUCCUCCAAAGAUCUCUUGUUCAGCAACUGCCCAGAAAAUGUUUCUAUCUCCCCUAAAUCCCUGUGUUCUCCUCUGAGGAAAUGAAAGCAAGAAGUACCUGAGGUCUUGGUUCCUGCAGUGUUCUCUUUUGACUGAAUCACCUAGGUUCCUUUAAACAUGCUGCAAAUCCCGGACGUGGUGGUACACCUGUAGUCCCAGCUACUCAGGUGCUUUACACAGGAGGAUGGCUUUGAGCCUAGCAGUUUGAGUCCAGCCUGGGCAGCAUAGCGAGUACCUGUGUCUU